CUGAUCCGCCUGCGCCUACCAUUGAUUGAUCGAUUGAUUGCAAAACCUCCUUCCACUUCCAAUCUUUCCCUUUACCCAUCACCACAAACCACCACCUCAUCACCGUCGUUCCUCUCUUAUUGCAUUUUGUCAUUUUCCCCCAAUUUGCAUUCAUCCAUUGCCCAAAUCUUCGUUCUUCUUCUCGCCGUCUUCUUUUUCUCCAUUCUCUCCCUUCUAGGGAUCCUCCGCCUCGCCUCACAGCCGCCUCCUAUCUUCAAACGCGCCCGCGGCUGUCACAUUCGUUUUAUGAGCUUUAUCCGCCCAUGAAGACACCGCUUCUUCAAAUCCUUCGCUUCUUGGACUCGGUCUUGAUCAGUAUACUUUAAUCGACCUUCGUUUCUACCUCUCGACUUAGCCAUUUUAAACCCAGUCUCUCAACUGUCCCCUGACUUCACCUCUUUUUGGCUCUAACGUGCCUGUACCGACCUAAGGCCUCACGCACACAUUGAUCCGAACGAGCCCGAGCUUUUCGAGCCCUUCCCUCGUCCUUUCCCCUUCCGAAUUGUCUGGAGUGAGAAGAUUGAGACACGAGCUGGCUCCUGAUCGCUGGUUCAUCUGGUGCAGACACAACUGAGAGAAUCAUGGCUGCUUUGGUUCAAACUCUACCAGCUCAAACAACCACCAUGACCAUGAUUGGUCGUCCAUCGUCUUCGGGAGGUUAUGCUUCACAAGCCUCACAGAGUCAGAUGCGGAAUAGCCAGCCCAGUCGAUACACCAAUAUGUCGUCGACAGGCUACAGAGGCGUAUCGGGCGGUGGCCCAGUGGCUCCUUACGCCUUUACACAGACGCCCCAGCUUGCCAAUCACAAUGCCAACGCCCGUCAAUUUGCUCAAAACUCAGGACGGUCGAUUUCUUCUCCUCAGUCUCAGCCCACGUCCCCGACGAGCAUACCUCAAAUCGAUCUCGGUGGUCGGACUUUGUCGUUAGGCCUACCUGCAAUUCCUCCGACCGGGUCUCUGAUGAGUAUCUCUCCCAAACUAUCUCCCCCCGCGCCUUCUACCACUCCCAAACCAUCUCCAGACCGAUAUCGAAGGAACAACGGUCGCCGUGCUGAUGGAGAAGGCAAUGCCAAUCGAGCCAUGGGCAGUUCAGCUGUACCUUCUGGCUCCGGCAUGGCUGCGGUCGGUGCUCUCUACAAUCACCCUGCUCAAUCGAGUAGUACUCCAUCUUUCGGCUCCCAACAAUCUUAUCGUGGACCGACACAUGGAAAUGCAACACCGUCACAGCUCUCAAGUGCCGAUGACCUUGCAUUGGGAAAGACCAACAAUACGGAGCUUGCUGCGAGGUAUCGUAGGCGCAGUUUCGGGAGCAUCGAAACGGCCGGGCUCAAUCACGCAUCAGAUCCUCAAGGCACCUCGUCACCACACCCAAACACUUUCCUUCCCUCACCGCUGGCUCAACCUGUUGGCAUAACCGUACAGAGACCUCCCCACAAGCAUACUCCAAGCUCAGACAGCGUUGCCUCAUCGAGAUCGAGUCACUCUUCUCGGCCCAACUCGGCUCGAGCAGAGCACAGGACCACGAUCACGCCUGUUGCAAACCCUUCUGCCACCGCUUCGCCGAGAUCUGACCAGAGACUGGCUGCUCGCUCACCUCCGUCUGGAGACUCGAGCAUUCGCCAACCCUCUCCUCUUUCACGACCUGUAAAUCUACAAGCCGACGAGAGUGAGGAGAAGCCAAUCCCUCCACCCACAGUGAUGUCGCAACAGCAGACCACUCCUAGUCCAGCCGUGGAGCAGCUCGCUGCUCUGAAUCAGACAACCGCACCCAAGUCGAAGUCGAAAUUACGGCGCGCUUUCUCCUUUGGAAGUGCUGCGGAGCUAAGAAAAGCGACCACACAGGGCAACCAUGAAAAAAGCUUGGGCACCAAGGCUACAAAUGCGGCGAAGCGAAACUCGAAAUACGAAGAUGAGCUCGAACCUGAACAGGCGAGAAUUGCUGAAAAGCAGGAAGCCGCAGGGUUAGGUGAGAGUAUCUAUUCAGGACAAGGCCAGUUCUUCACAGGGUCGACAGAUAACCUGUCCAUCUCGUCAACGGCCUCUUCCGCGUCCGUUAUGCUUCGUAAAAUGGGCAAAGGCGUCAAGAAAGGAACCCGGUCGCUUGUUGGAUUAUUCCGACCGAAGUCAGUGGUAGGAGUUCCUGCCGCUGACGGUCCCGUCAAUCAGGGGAGCUUGGCACAAGUGUCAAUGGUCACUGUUGAGGCUGAACGAGAGAAGGUCAACGUCAAUGCGAACCCUCAUGACCAAGUGGGUGGUGGUACAGGAUUCCCCAAGCUCGAACGAAACUCAGUUGAAACCAAGCUGUCCUUUGACAGUGGCACUGUGUCCAGUGAAGCAAGAUCUCGACGAAGCAUUGUUGGGGGAGAGAAGGAGCGUGCCGAGGUACUUGCUGCCGUUAAGAAGGGAAUUUUGAAACGAGCCGAUUCAAACCAGCUGUCUCCGAAACUGAAGACAUACGACUUCAAAGUGCCCGAUUUCAACCUACCCCAGAUUCCUCAUGUUAAUGACUCACCAAAAUCCAGUGCUCCAAGCACACCGGCGGACGAAACACCCAGAUCCGGGCACCGCCGUACCGAUUCGAUUACCAUUGAAACCAACGACCAUGACGACUAUUUCAGCUCCAUGACCAGAUUCGCAAGCGUAGAAGCAAAAGAAAACCCGAUGACCCCUCAAGGCAUGCUUCGAAACAUUUCCUUCAGCCCUCGCCUCCAGUUCUAUGAUACCUGGCCAAGCGCCGAGUAUGACCGACGUGGAGAGAUAGCAACUUGUAACCGGUUGACCCCAAUGCUUGCCCAGCAGAUCAAAGAGGAGCUGAACACAUUCAAGAUGGAAAUGGAAGUUCACGAAUCCUCGAAGGUCUACACACACUUCUUCUAAUGGCUCAGAUUCACCCUUGGAUAUCAAAGAUAAUACAGUCAGGACUGAGUUAUGGGUCUUAGACACACUAUUAGAGAGUCAACUUAUCAGCCUCCUCACGAUUUCUACGACUUUGGCCAACACAUGUGCAUCUCAGCAUCUUUUCGUCGCUAGACAUCAGCACGAAGACUUAUUUUGGGCGGCAUUUGACGUUCGACCCUGUGUACAUCUAGACAAAAGCGCCUUCCAUGUUGUAUCGUUUUGUUUCUUGAAAACCAUUGAAAGUAAGGUGUUUGGCGCUGGAAGCAUGUCGCCUCGGGACGGUACCCGCGUGGCAGGAAGUGGAUUUGCUAUGGCAUCUUUCCAGGCGCAGAGAGGGCUCUCCUUGGUCCACAGUUUAGGUCGAGACAGACAGAGAACCUUCGGGGUUGACCGGCAAUUUCAACGCGCCUGACGGGUUUGAGUGCUUGUAGCGGUAUGUCUUUGGUGGGUGGAAUGCGAAGGAGUUCAACCGAACCCGCCUGGCUUCAGUCAUUGUAAUGAUGGGUCUGGCAGAGUCUUAAGUCAGGUUGCAGGAACAGGCAGGCUCUCCUGCUCAGGAAAUUAAUUCAUCUUGGAGAAUGUCGAACCUCUGCAGGCACCAAGCCUCUUUCCUCGCCGACUCUUUCCUAUUAGUAGCAGAUUCAUGUGGCCGUGAUCAUGAUUGUUGCUAUCCGAUGUCACUUUUUCGUGGCAUUUGACGCCGGCUCAGGUAUUACUAGGUCGGUGAUUCUGGCGUCUGGAAGCGAUCAAUAUCUGCCACAGUACUAGCCGCGGCCUAAAGUGUAGAGUCAGGUAGAGUCAGUCACAAGGUGUCGCAUGGGAAAACCGUUGCUACGACAUAAUGUAUAAU